GCCAACGCAGAAGAAAUAGCAAAACAAAACAUUUCCGGUGUUUUCUGUAAUAUUCUGCAGCACCCAUCCAUUUUCUACCGCUUGUCCCACACAAUAUGACAUUGAGUAAAGUGUCAUUUAUCAACAUGGAGCAAUAUAACACUGAGUAAAGUGUCAUUUAUCAACAUGGAGCAGACUGUCAAUGCAGACUCCAACGAUCACCAAUACACCAAUACUCCUUGCAAACAAUGGCGCAAUUGGCUGGGAUUUUGGUUGCUUGGAUUGUGCAACAACUUUGCUUACGUGGUCAUGCUCAGUGCUGCACAGGACAUCCUUCAAAAGCAACAGUCUGGAAACACCACAAAGUGGACUGUGAGCUUGUUGGACUCUGAAGGUGUGAAGAGUGGGAACAACAGUCGAUACGAUUGUAGUCCUGUGUCCACAGCAGCGGUGCUUCUAGCUGACAUCCUGCCAACACUCAUCAUCAAGUUGUCUUUGCCACUCUUUAUCCACCAAGUGCCUUAUGGAGUUCGAGUCCUGUUCUGUGUCGUCAUGGCUGCCACAAGUUUUCUCAUUGUUUCCUUUUCCUCGACGGUGUGGAUGAGCAUCAUAGGCGUGAUCUUUGCCAGUGCCAGCUCAGGAGUGGGAGAGUUAUCCUUCCUUUCUCUCACAGUCUACUACAGCAGGGAUGUACUUGGAGCUUGGGGCUCUGGGACUGGUGGGGCUGGUGUUGCAGGAGCCCUCCUUUAUUCAAGCCUCACUCAGGUUGGCCUGUCACCUCGGUCUACCCUUCUGACCAUGCUGACCGUCCCAUUGGCCAUGUUCCUUAGUUAUUUCUUCCUGCUGGCUCCGCCUCCUCACCUUCCUCAGUGGAAGGACCGAAGGGCCGACGGUGCUUUGCUUCCAGAGGAGAGGCAGCGACUGAUGGACCAAUCACAGGAGGAGCAGGAAACCUGCCGCCAAGAGGGCAGGAACAGACAUGUUCCUCUCACUCUUCACGAGAAACUCCAUAUCAUCAAAGACUUGAUGCCAUUUAUCUGUCCUUUGGUCCUGGUCUACUAUGCUGAGUACUUCAUCAACCAGGGCUUGAUGGAGCUCCUGUAUUUCCCAAGGUUUUUCCUGUCACAUGCGGAGCAGUAUCGCUGGUACCAGACUUUAUACCAGGUGGGCGUGUUUGUGUCUCGCUCCUCCUUGUCCUGUGUGAAGAUCAGGAGACUUUGGGGCCUUGCAGCACUCCAGGUGGUGAAUGCAGUGCUGCUCCUACUAGCAGUGUACUACCACUUCCUGCCCAGUGCCUGGCUGCUGUUCCCCAUCAUUUUGUACGAGGGUCUGCUGGGAGGAAGUGCCUACGUCAACACCUUCUACUUCAUCAGCAAGGAGACGGAAGACAGACAGCGAGAGUUUGCUAUGGCAGCUGCCAGCCUGGGAGACAGUCUGGGCAUCGCUUCGGCCGCACUGACCGCCUUUCCUGUGCACGCAUACUUCUGUGACUUAGUCUGACAACUACACCCUCAUGACCAGGGGCGGAUUAAGAAAUGUUGGCCCUCUGGGCCUGACAUGGUCUUGGCCCCUCAACCCCGCGCGUGCACGCGCACACACACGCACGCACUAUGCAAGAAAUACUGUAUACUGUGAACAGACAUGCACACUGUACUGUACAGAAGAGUGCACAUACUGCACACACACUAUUAGGUAUACCACACAGACAAGCACAGGUUUCACACAGACACAGGUAGGGGGAGGGGAUAAAUGGCCUAAAAAUAAAAAUUUUGGAAAAUGAUUACGCCCACUUCAGUGAUGGUGCAUUGGGUCAUUUGAGAGAUAUUAUGUAUUGGAAGUUGGUAC